UUCCAGGACUCCAGCCAAGGAUUUCUGACAUCCACACAGAAAUGAGUGAGCAGGAUGUGACCUAUUCAGAGCUGAAAUUUCAUAGUCCUAAUGAACAGCAAAGCAGACAGAGAGCUGAGAAAGCCAAGAAUGAAGUUCUCCAGAAUGAAAACCCCAACAAACAGCAUGAAUUAUUGCAUAACCUCACCCAACUGCAGAACACUCUGGAAAUCUGCCAUCAGCAAAAAGAUGAUCUCCAAGCAAAGAACACAAACCUCACAAAUAUUGUGAACAUUAAAGUUCUGCAGAACAAAACCCUCAACAAGCAAUGUGAAAUUGUGGACAAUAUCACCCAACUGCAGAAAACACUGGAAAUCUGCCACCAGCAAAGAGAUGAUCUCCAAGCAAAGAACACAAACCUCACAAAUAUUGUGAACAUGAAAGGAGAUAAAUGUAGACCUUGCCCAGAGAGCUGGAUACAGCAUGGAGAGAAGUGUUACCAUUUUUCGAAGGAAAUGAAAACAUGGCACAAGAGUAAAGAAUACUGCUCUUCUUGGGGAUCCCUACUGCUUAAAAUAGAGAACAAGGAAGAGCUGGAUUUCAUAAAGUCUCAGGCCUCAUUUCACUGGAUUAGAUUAUCCCGUAUGGCAAUGGGUCAUAGCUGGGUGUGGCAGGAUGGCACAGCCCACUCCACUGACCUGUAAG